AUCACUGCAUUUAUUUUUCUCUCUUGGUCCCCCUCUUCAGGUUUGAGAAGGAGAGGGUAGCAGAGGUGAGGAACCAUCUGUUGACUGCUGGAGAGCCUGUUACCCUGAAGACUACCUCCAUCUGUCUCUCUGGGCCUUAGAGUCUGAGGACAGCCUCUCUCUCUGGGCCUUAGAGUCUCCGGACAGCUUCUCUCUCUGGGCCUUAGAGCCCGAGGAGCCUGAGGACAGCCUCUCUCUCUGGGCCUUAGAGUGUAAGGACAGCUUCUCUUUCUGGGCCUUAGAGUCUGAGGUCAGCCUCUCUCUCUGGCCAUACAGCCAGGCCUGGUACUGAAGUCUGCCACCCUCCCUGGAUCUCCUCACCUGGAUCUCCUCACCUGGAUCUCCUCACCUGGAUUUCCUGGGCCUCAGGCUAAGGGUCUUUGUUAAGGACCUGGGUCUGGGACUGUGGGAACAGCAGCAGCUGGAGAAACCAUGGAGGUGGCUAUGGUGGACUUUGAGAGUCUGGACGAUAUUGACAGCAGCCUGGCGUCCCCCAAUCAUUUGGGCGUGCCUCAGUCGCCCCUCAUGCCAGCCCACAGCAGGAGGGGGCACCCUAGAUGUGCCAGCAUCAUCACCAACUGGCAGAAGUUGCUUAAUAGUGAGACCCAGAUGCAGAGCGAGACCAUCUUCAGCCAGCUGGCUAAGGAGUGCUGUGAGGAUCUGUUUGUGGACAAGACAGGUCUAGACGACGGAGACCAGAAGGUCAUCAUCAACAUCGCCGGGCUACGAUUCGAGACGCAGCUCAAAACCCUCGACCAGUUCCCUGAGACCCUUCUGGGGGACCCUAGGAAGAGGAUGGACUACUUUGACCCCAUGAGGAACCUGUAUUUCUUCGACAGGAACCGGCCCAGCUUCGAUGGCAUCCUGUACUACUACCAGUCAGGAGGGAAGAUCCGUCGGCCGGCCAACGUUCCACUGGAUGUGUUUGCUGAUGAGAUCGUCUUCUAUGAGCUGGGGAGCGACGCCAUGGAGCAGUUCAGAGAGGACGAGGGCUUCAUCAAGGAAGUGGAGAUCCCUCUCCCGACCAAUGAGAUGUAUCACCAGUUCUGGCUGCUGUUCGAGUACCCCGAGAGUUCCAACGCGGCACGUGGCGUGGCGCUGGUCUCUGUGUUUGUCAUCGUUAUCUCCAUCAUCAUCUUCUGCCUGGAGACGCUGCCGGAGUUCCGGGAAAACUCCCUGGACCCUGUCCUACCCACCACCGUCACGCAUCUGAUGCCUUUGGAUGGGAACCAAUCGCUGGGCAGCCUCGGGACCUUGAUCCUGCCCUCGGCCAAGCCCAAAACCAUCACCUCCACGUUCUCCGACCCGUUCUUCAUCAUCGAGACGGCCUGCAUCGUCUGGUUCUUCUUCGAGCUGGCUGUGCGCUUCGUGGUUUGUCCCUCCAAGAGCGACUUCUUCCACAACCUCAUGAACAUCAUCGACAUUGUCUCCAUCAUCCCGUACUUCGUCACCUUGGUAACGGAGCUGGUCACCACCCCGGACCAGAACUCCAGCCAGGCAAUGUCUCUGGCCAUCCUUCGAAUCAUCCGCCUGGUUAGGGUGUUCAGGAUCUUCAAGCUGUCCAGACACUCCAAGGGGCUCCAGAUCCUGGGCCAGACACUGAAGGCCAGCAUGCGGGAGCUGGGCCUGCUCAUCUUCUUCCUCUUCAUCGGAGUCAUCCUCUUCUCCAGCGCCAUCUACUUCGCCGAGGUGGACGAGCCCAGCACGCAGUUCGUCAGCAUCCCCGACGGGUUCUGGUGGGCUGUGGUCACCAUGACUACAGUGGGCUACGGCGACAUGUGCCCGAUCACCAUGGGGGGAAAGAUGGUGGGGACACUCUGCGCCAUCGCUGGCGUGCUGACCAUCGCCCUGCCCGUCCCCGUCAUUGUGUCCAACUUCAACUACUUCUACCACCGGGAGACGGAGCAAGAGGACAAGCAGCCGAUGGCAGACACAGCAGAGCUGGCCAUGAAGGCCUCAGGAGACAGUAAACAUGGGAGUAGCACCUCUCUGAACAAGACCAACGGGACCUGGCAGGGAAACUAG